AUGUCUGAAGUCCAUGGCGACUCAGAUCAGCCCUCGAUGGCCCCAGACCUAGAGUAUCCUGUGGCUCUAGCGCCGCGGCAGGUGACGCUCCGGGAUCGGGUUACCAUUGCGACCCUGAUGCCUUUUGGCUCGGCAGAAGAGGUCCCCAGGUCUCUGCUGAAGUAUCUUUCUGAUCAAUUCAACAAGGAAAUUGAAAAGGGAGACACAUACGCCAUGUCUGAGCCGAUCCCACUUGCUCAAUUCGGGCGAUAUUGGUUCUCGACGUUUGGUGUAGUGAUGCUUCUAGGCGAGAUCCAGAGUGUUCAACAGACCCACGCCAUGGAUAAAGCAGGCGCCAAUUGGACUAAGCUUUGUCUUGGAGGGUUCCACAUUCGACCUAAUUACCCCGGAAGAAGUAGUCAUGUCUGUAAUGGGACGUUUAUCGUCACGGAUGCUGCUCGAAACAAAGGUGUUGGUAGAUUGAUGGGUGAAGCGUAUUUGGAAUUGGCGCCUCGCUUGGGAUACACGUAUGCAGUGUUCAACCUGGUGUAUGAGACCAACGUGGCUUCGUGUCGUCUUUGGGAUUCCCUCGGCUUCAAGCGAAUCGGCAGAGUACCAGGCGGAGGCCAACUCAAAUCUCAACCCGGUGAAUUUGUAGACGCAAUCAUAUACGGUCGAGGGCUUAGCUUAGACGGCGAGGAUUCCGUCUCACAAGACCGAUUUGAGAAAAUUCGGUACUAUCUCAAGCACUCGAAGUAUCCCCGUGGCGCCGACCGCGCAGAGAAGAGUCGCCUCCGUAGUGCAGCUACCCAUUACAAGCUGACGGGAGGUGAUGGCGGCGAGCCAGAGAAGUUGAUGCUUAAGGACAAAGAAGUUGUUUCAGACCCACAACAACAGUACGAGAUCGCCAAGGAGGUUCACCUUCGACAACACGCCGGUAUCAACAAAACCACCGCCGCCAUCGCCGUCAGAUACCACUGGGUACGCAUCAAAGAAACCGUCAACCGAGUCAUCCGCGACUGCCCCGAAUGCAAGGAAACACUCAAGGCUCCUCCAAUCCCUGGUCUCAAGGAUGACGAACAGUCUGGCUCUGCCGACACAGGAGUGGCCGACGAUGCAAUGGACGACGCUCAUGAGCAUGACAUGCCACAGACCAUGGACGAAGAACCCGAUGACUCACCUCGCCACGAUCCGUUUAUGAACCCAUCAGCCACUGCCCCUGCACCGGCGCCCGGGACUGUACAUCCCAUGGCAAGCUUCAACCCGGUGCCCCUCGAUCCGCAAAUCAUGCAGUUUCAGCAGCAACUGCGGCGCUAUCAGCAGCAGAAUGCGAUGGCCAGUGCCUUCGCACCACCGAACCCACAAACCAUGAAUAUGAGCUUCGAUGACACCAUGCGCUACCAUACCGCCAAUAAUGCCUACCAGAUGAUGGUCGAUGAUGGCUCCGAUCCAUUUCGGCAGGAGGUUCUGGGAUUGAUGAAUCCGUCGGCACACGAUCUGCAGCAUGAGGCGGAUUUACUUGCUAGGUAUGAUUAUGGGAGUCCUGGCGACGGCAACUACGACCUCAAUUGA